AUGCUACCCGAGAUCAUUCAGCGCUGGCUGGCGCUCGAAUGGCCUACCAGUGGACGAGUCUCAGCAAAUGAGAAAACCCCGCAUAUUUCAUCCAAUAAGAUCAAUAAUGGCCUAUUUCGAGACGAAAGUAUGAAUGGGCACGUUGCCCAUCCGUGCACGUCGCUUAUGCCAACGGCAGCGGUUAAGAAUGACGAAAUUGGUGCGCUGCCAGUUGCGAUCGUGGGGAUGUCAUUUCGCUUUCCACAGGGGUUGGAAUCGGAAGAUUCUUUCUGGGAGGCCUUGACAAAGGGACGUUCAGCAUGCUCGACUUUUCCAAAGAGUCGCAUCCGCAUGGAAGGGGUGUAUGAUCCAGAUGAGGAACGAUUAAACGGGUUUCCAUUAAGAGGCGGGCAUUUUGUUGACGGCGAUGUGGCCGCUUUUGACGCACCGUUCUUUACCAUCGGACCUGGGGAGGCCGCUGAGAUCGAUCCACAAUCACGAAUUCUCCUCGAAACGACAUACCAUGCGUUAGAGAACGCUGGAAUUCCGAUGGAGCAGGUGUUCAAUUCUAAAACCUCCGUGCAUACUGGCAGUUUCGGCGAUGACUACAAGACCUUUUCCACUCGUGAUCCGCAAUUCGGUGGCCAAUAUUCAGCCAGCUCUGUAUCUUCCAACAUGCUCGCGAAUCGUAUCAGCUGGUUCUUCAACCUUCGCGGUGAAUCGAUUAAUAUGGACACUGCUUGCUCCAGUACGCUCGUGGCCUUCCAUGCAGCAUGCCAAGGAUUACGCAAUGGAGAUGCGCACAUGGCCAUUGUAGCUGGUGCGAACCUCUUCCUGAGCCCAGAUAUGGCCAUGUCCCUGAACAAUCAGGGUUUCUUAUCACCCGACGGUCGAUGUUGGAGUUUCGAUGAGAAGGCAAACGGAUACGGACGUGGCGAGGGCUUCGGAGCCCUGAUUCUAAAGCGCGUUAGCGAUGCCACCGUCAACAACGAUACAAUUCGUGCGGUUAUUCGCGCCACAGGGACGAACCAAGACGGGCGCACGCCGGGAAUCGUUCAGCCCAGUCGACAAGCACAAGCAGAGCUCAUCCGAGACACGUACCAGAAGGCAGGGUUGGACAUGCACCUGACGCGAUAUGUGGAGGCGCAUGGAACAGGAACGCCGGUCGGUGAUCCUAUUGAAGCGGGGGCAAUUGCGGAUGCCUUUCAGAGCUCUAUUUCUCCCGCCCGUCCGCUGUAUGUUGGUUCCGUCAAAUCUAAUAUCGGUCAUUUGGAGGGAACUAGUGGCAUUGCUGGCCUUAUCAAGAGCGUCCUCAUGCUCGAGCAAGGGAUGAUUCCGGCCAUUGCAGGCUUAGAAAAUGUCAAUCGCACUAUUGAAGAAAGCCAUCCCGAUCUGCUGUUCCCACGAAAGCUCUGCCAGUGGCCAUCAAACGGCUUACGGCGGUUAUCUAUCAACUCCUUUGGAUUCGGGGGCACCAACGCGCAUGUCAUUAUGGAAGACGCUCAUCAUCAUUUGAAACUGGCUGGACUAGAUGGAUACCAAAAAAAGAACAGUUUCACAUUAGCGCAUCUGGAUCCCCAGAUACUUAUUCUGUCUGCACAGGACGAAAAAGGAGUUAGCCGCCUGGCAGCUGCCUAUAACCAACACUUCCAGGCGGCAAAGCAUCUCAUCAAUGAGACCUAUCUUUCACGCCUCGCAUACACGCUCAACUAUCGUCGGAGUGCGCUACUCUGGCGAUCUUUCGUCAUUUGCGAAUCUCCGGCCCAAUUAGCAUCUGGAAUUAAGCCAUCCCGACCUGUUCGGGCUCUCAAAGCCCCCCGCCUGGCGCUCUGCUUUACUGGCCAAGGAGCGCAGUGGGCUGCUAUGGGUCGCGAACUGCAGCAAUAUACGCUCUAUGCGCAGAGCAUCGCAGACUCAUCUGCGGUUCUGAGGACCUUAGGAUGCCCCUGGAAUCUGGAAGAUGAGUUAUCACGAGACGAAAUACAAACAAGAAUCAGCGAACCUGAGUUUAGUCAGACUCUGUGCACUGCCGUUCAGAUUGGUCUGGUGGACCUGAUGGAAAGUAUAGACGUCCACCCGACGGUAGUAGUAGGUCACUCAUCAGGCGAAAUUGCUGCUGCAUAUUCCACUGGGGCUCUGGACCGACGAUCCGCGAUCAGCGUUGCCUACUAUCGAGGUCUUCUAUCCUCUCGGCUUGCGACUAGUAAGACCGAAAUUGGUGCAAUGUUGUCAGUCAACUUGUCUGAGGACGGAGUUACCCCCUAUUUCGAAGCUAUUGAAUCCCAAUAUGGACACUUGGGUAUCUCCGUCGGCUGCAUCAACAGCCCUGGGAACAUCACCAUCACCGGUGACGCCGAACAGAUCAACACCCUCAAGGAGACUCUCGAUCUGGUCGGUAUAUUUGCACGCAAACUCCCAGUCGGCGUGGCAUACCAUUCUGCUCAUAUGCAAACCAUUGCUGGAGAAUACCUCAAGUCCAUGGGGAGGUUAUCUUCUCGCCAUGGAUCCCUCGUCCCUGCCAUGGUCUCCUCAGUGACAGGCGAGCUUGUCACACCCGAGCAGGUUAGGCGCAAUGAAUAUUGGGUGCAGAACAUGGUCUCACCAGUUCGAUUCGCCACCGCCUUGGCAGUUGCUGUCUUGUUGAGGGUUCAAGAAAACGGUGAGAUCAUUCAUGACAGUAGAUUGCAAGUUGAGGACGUCUUGGAAGUAGGCCCGCACUCUGCCUUGCAACGGCCUAUCAAGGAUACGUUGAACGUAGCCUGUCGGAAUGCAGCUGCCGGAUAUACAUCUCUUCUUAUUCGUGGUGUAAAUGCAGUUCAGAGCUUCUUCAAUGCUCUCGGAUACCUCUACUGCCGUGGACACCGUACCAGUAUCCAGACACUCAACCGGCUGAACAUGCGAAUGCUCCCGUUACCCACUCUACUGACCAAUCUACCGGAGUACCCUUUCGACCACAGCCUCUCCUACUGGAGAGAAUCACGGGUAAGCAAGGGCCACCGGCUACGGGAAGCACCGCGUAACGAUUUCCUGGGGAUACGAGUGCCAGACUGGAAUCAACACGAGGCCAAAUGGAGAAAGCGAAUCAAGCUAACUGAAGAACCGUGGAUUGGAGACCACAAGAUCGCGCGAGUGAACAUACUUCCCGGGGCGGCUAUGCUAGUUAUGGCUGUAGAGGCUGCUAAGAGCAUUUCUCGAUCCCGAUCUGAUCGAGCGAUUGCGGGAUACACGUUAAGAGAUGUAUCUUUCUCUCGAGCACUAGCUAUCUCAGAAAAUCCCGAUGGUACCGAGGUGGAGUUCUACCUCCGGUCUAGUGGACAGUCAGCUGACCGUGAGAACCCCUGGUCGGAGUUCCGGCUCUACUGCAUUGAGAAUGAUAGUUGGGUCGAGGCGUGUCGGGGGCGUAUCCAAGUUUCCUACAUUGAUGAGAGCGGCCUAGUUGACCAAGGGCAACAAGCUCAGCAAGAAUGGAAGCGACAUGCCACGGAGUUCUGUCGCAUUCGCAACUCCUGUCCGCAGAAAGUCGAUAUGGGGCGCAUCUACAAGGUACUGGCACAGAAUGGCAUCGACUUCGGCCCCGCCCAUCAGGCCAUCAAGACAUGCGCGUACAAUGAUGAACUGGAAUGUUUUGGGGAGAUCAAUCCCCACCAAUGGAGAGUCAAGGCCCGACGGUUCAGUCAGACGGACUUUACGGUCCAUCCAACCUUCUUGGACGGAUUAUUCCAAAUGGGCCUGGUCGCUAUGACGAAGGGUGGCACUGAGAUCUCCCCCAGCGUGGUUGCCGGGAUUCGUUACCUCUGGAUUGCAGAAGGAGGAAUCCCACCCCUUCAGGAUCAACGCGAUUCGCCGCAUAUGGUAGCAUGGAAUCAAUCAGCUUUCCUGGGUCUCGGGAAUACCACUUCCAAUAUUGUGGCCCACGAGCCAUCGCUAGUACGGUCAGUGGUGGUUGUUAAUGGCCUUGAGGGGAAGUUCCUGACGGAGAAGAGUAAGAGAGAGGAAGCCCGCCGUCUUUGUUGGAACUUUGACUACCGUCCCGACAUUGAGAUGUUGACCACGGAAGAACUGCUGGCCCAGGUCACGACCGGGAUCCCCUUGCAACCGGCGCCUUUGGAGUUGGAUCACGACGUUAAGCUGCUGUUGUACCUUUGUAUCUUGCGAACAUUGAAGGGGCUCACAGCUAUGGAUAAGGAUAAGCUCGCGCCCCACCAUCACAAAUACUUCGCGUGGAUGGAGCGUGAACAGCAGAAGUUGUCCACAAAUGCUCCCGCUACCAAGGGCAUCGAUUUCAGAAAGGUGCUGAACGACGAAAUCUUUUACCGAAAUCUGUUGGCUCGCCUUGAAGGUCUCAACACCACCAACGGCCUGUCUAAAACCCUGGCCUUCGUCGAUCUCUACGCCCACAAACAUCCGGAUAUGAAGAUCCUGGAAAUUGGAGCAGGAACUGGCGGUAUGACAAGAUAUAUUCUGGACACAUUGACGCAGAACGGUUCCCGUGAAGCCGGGGCCAGGACUCCGCGGUUUUCUCAUUACACAUACACCGACAUCUCAGCCGGCUUCUUCUCUGAUGCUGCAAGUAUGUUCGAGGGCCUCUCAGACAAAGUGGCUUUUUCUGUCCUGGACGUCGAGAGGGACCCAGUGAAACAAGGCUUUGAGGAGGCGGCCUACGAUCUGGUCAUCGCCGAUAAUGUCUUCCAUGCCACCGAGGAUUUGUAUACUACUUUGCGACAUGCAAGGAAAUUACUCAAACCAGGUGGCAAGCUUGCACUCUUUGAACUUACGGACCCUGAAGUUGUCCGUACUAAUUUUGCAUUUGGAUUGCUUCCGGGGUGGUGGCGUUACCGGGAUGCAUAUCGCACAUUCAGUGCUGGUGUUUCAGACACAGUCUGGGACGAACUACUCAAACGCACUGGAUUUUCGGGCAUCGAUCUGAACCUUCAAGAUUAUGAUGAUCCCGUCUGUCAUGAACACAGUGCUUUGAUCACAACCGCAGUCGCUGAAGCCAAAGACUGUUCACGGCCACCUCCGCGGACUUUGAUAGUCUUGGAUUUUACAUCCACCAUCCAAGAGACUGUCGCGAACAAACUAACAGUAAACCUACAGCACUCUGGGGUCCCUGAGACCAUCCACCGUUCUCUAGAGGAGGCUGCACAACUGCCUAAUUUGAAAGAGUGGUUCUGCAUCAUGAUGCUUGAUCUAGGAGAGACAUCUAUUCUAGCCAACAUGAAUGAGACCGAGUACCAACAGAUCAAAAUCUUAUUACAAGCGGACGGAGGUAUGCUAUGGGUCACCCGUGGAGGCGGUGUUAGACCUGAACGACCCGAGCAUGCUCUGGUGCAAGGCGCACUUCGGGGACUGCGUAUGGAAGAGCGACACUCAAAGUUUAUCUCUCUUGCACUGGAUGCCACUCCGGUUGAUACAUAUCAUAUAGCGAACCGCAUCGGUCAGGUAUUUGGGGCUAUUUCUACCCGGCCGGUCAAUGACUGUGAGCAGGAAUACGUGGAACGGAAUGGUCACCUGUGCGUUGAUCGAUUUAUCGAGGCCGACUAUCUGAAUAAAAGCCUUGUCAAUCUCAUGGCAGAUACGCAAGUGGGCGAGUCCAGAUUUGGCGAAUAUCCCGCAUUGGCGCUCAGCAUCACCUCACCUGGACUAUUGGACAGUUUGGAGUUCGUCGAGGAUGAUGCUGCCAAAUCGGAGCUCGCUUCAAAUGAGAUCGAAAUUGAGGUUGAGGCGAGCGGCGUCAAUUUUCGAGAUUGUCUUAUCGCACUGGGCCGACUCUCUGGAACCAGCUUCGGCUUUGAGUGUGCCGGUACGGUCUGUCGCAGAGGGCGAGGUGUACAGAACGUGGCGGUUGGAGAUCGGGUCUGCGCGAGUGCCUUGGGAACCUAUCAGACGUAUACGAGGUGUGACGCAAGUGAGGCUAUUCUUAUCCCCGACACUAUGUCCUUCGUCGAGGGCGCCUCUCUUCCGGUCGUGUUUACCACCGCCUUCUAUGCUUUGGCUCAUGUCGCAAACAUCCAACGAGGAGAAUCAAUUCUCAUCCACUCUGCAGCCGGAGGCACAGGCCAAGCGGCUAUCCAAGUUGCUCAGAUGCGAGGUGCUGAGAUCUUUGUCACCGUCGGGUCAGAGGACAAGAAGGCACUGUUGAUGAAGACUUAUCACAUUCCAGAGAACUGCAUCUUUGAUAGUCGCAACACCUCCUUUGUUAAGGGCAUCCUGGGACGUACUGGUGAAAAACGUGGCGUAGAUGUCAUCCUUAACUCGCUGAGUGGAGAUUUCCUGGUCGAAAGUUGGCAGUGCAUCGCACCUUUCGGCCGUUUCCUGGAGCUGGGGAAGAAAGAUAUUCUCUCCAAUAGCAGUUUGCCAAUGCUGCCCUUCUCAAACAAUGCAUCAUUUCACGCCAUCGAUCUCAAUGAAGCUCGGAAGUAUCAGCCCAGACUUUUGCAACGGCUGCAGAAAGACAUCACCGCCAUGCUAUCCGAUGGUCGGAUUUCUCCUCCGCAACCAAUUCAUAUGUUUGGAGUCAGUGAGGUUGAGCAAGCGUUUCGUUAUCUCCAGAGUGGAAAGAACACGGGGAAGACCGUGGUAGAAAUGAGACGUCGCGACCUGGUAAAGACGAAUUUGAAAACCAAAUCCACCUGGAAAUUCGACACUAACGCCACAUAUGUGAUUGCUGGCGGGUUGGGCGGCAUUGGCCGUAGCACAGCCAGCUGGAUGGCUCAACGAGAGGCAAAGAACCUGAUUCUGCUGUCUCGAUCAGGGAUUUCGAACGACGAAGGAUGGGAGUUAGUAGACAACUUACGCAAACAAGGAGUGAGAGUGGAAGUGCCCUGCUGCGAUAUUACAGAUUUUGCCUCUCUGAAGCAGGUGUUAGACAGUCUUCAACGCCGAGUACCCCCGAUCAAGGGCUGCAUUCAGUCAGCAAUGGUCCUCCGAAAUAAAGUGUUUGGAAACAUGACAUACCAAGAUUGGGCCGACACUUUCGCAUGUAAAGUCCCAGGGACAUGGAACUUGCAUCGGUUGCUCCCAAAGAAUAUGGACUUCUUCAUCACGUUUUCAUCUAUCGCCGGAGGAAUCGGAGGGACUGCAUCGGUCAAUUACUCAGCCGCUUGUGCAUACCAAGAUGCUCUUGCCCAUUACCGUAACGCCCAGGGCGAAAAGGCAACUACGUUCAAUCUUGGCGUCAUGUUGGACGACGGAGUGCUGCGUGACAACGAUGCGGUGCGGACCGCAUUGAUCGGGACAGGUUAUCUGCUGGGCAUCACACAGCGGGAAAUGUUUGCUCUACUGGAAUACCACUGUGACCCGUCUCUCCCAAUACCCAGCACUCCACUGAGGUCUCAAGUGCUUGUUGGCAUUGACGUGCCCUCUCGGAUCGAGGCUCGCGGAGCGGAGAUUCCUAUCAUCAUGACCCGACCACUCUUCCGAGGAACAUGGAACAUCACGGACGCAGAUGGCUCUGUCAAGGAAGAGGCCAAGGCAGAUGUGGUAAAAGAUCUGGCCGGUGUCCGGUCAAGAGCCGAGGCGGCGGAGAUCAUCGCACAAGCGCUGAUGCAAAGGCUCAGCAAGGCGUUGGGUGUGCCUAUAGGAAAUCUAGACCCGUCGAAGGCGAUGCAUGCUUACGGAGUGGACUCUUUGGUGGCAGUAGAACUGCGAAAUUGGUUCAAGUGGAGGCUUGAUGCUGAGGUAGCUGUCUUCGAGAUCCUGGGGAACGCAACAUUUGAAGAUAUUGGGACGCUGGUAGCCGGUAAGAGCCAGUUGGUUGCGACGAUGGUUGGUGAAAUAGUGCCCAAGACAUGA